AUGAAUCAUUCUUGGCUUUUCAUCGUGCUCCUCAAAGGAGUUUGUGGUUCAGCCUCUGGUGUUCCUCGUCAGUUUUAUGCUGUGAACGAGAAUAAGAUGUGGAAUGAAGCCCAGAAGCACUGCAGAGAGUAUUUCACUGAUCUGGCCACCAUUGACAACAUGCAAGAAUAUUUGAGAGAUAAAAAAAAGAUAGACAAUGAUAAAGUCUGGAUCGGACUGUUCAAAGACGUGUGGUGGUGGUCUGAUGGAAGUCCAGUCAAAUACAGAAACUGGGAUGAUAGUGAGCCCAACAAUCAAGGGCAGGACAACUGUGUUGAAUUUUUAAAAUCAGGCAAGUGGAAUGAUGCUGCAUGCCACCAUGAAAACUAUUUCCUCUGCUUUGAUGGUAAUCAUCCUUACAAACUGAUAACUGAACAGAAAAGUUGGUCUGAGGCUCAAAGCUACUGCAGAGAACAAUACACAGACAUGGUGACUGUGAGGAACGAGACUGAAAAUGAGAAGAUAAGUGAGAUGAUAACAAGUGAUAAGAAGGUUUGGAUCGGACUGUACAGAGACAACUGGGCAUGGUCAGAUGGGAGUAAGUCCUCAUUCAGAUACUGGAACAAAAAACAGCCAGACAAUCAGGGAGGAAUAGAGAAUUGUGCUGAAAUAACUCCACACACGAGAGACUGGAAUGAUCAGAGGUGCUCGGUUCAACAGCCAUUCGUCUGUUAUCAAGAUAAGCUUGUUCUGAUCCGUGAAAAUAAGACCUGGUCAGAAGCUUUGAAUCACUGCAGAAACAACCACGUGGACCUCGUCUCUGUCCAUGACGAGAACAUGAUACGUUGGGUGAAGGAGAGGUCCAAGAAUGCCACCACUGACUACGUGUGGAUGGGUCUACGCUUCUCUUGCACCCUGGGCUUUUGGUUCUGGGUGGAUGGAGAGUCUGUCUGCUACCAGAACUUAGUUCCAGGUAAUUGGACAGCAGUGGAGGCCUGUCAGGACGAAGUAUUAACAGGAGCAAUCCAGUCGAGAGGGCAGCAGCAGGAGUGGGUCAGUCUGCCAGAGACUCAUAAACUUAACUUCAUCUGCAGUGCUUAUGAGGGUAGUUACCUCAGUAGUUUUAGACCAAAACUCCUUACUGCUGCUUUAAACGAGUCUGGGUUUUACAUGCCCACAUGUGCCCUCACCAACACCCCACCACCACCACCAAACUUCACUAAGCGCACCCUCUUUCCUCCCCCCAAUUUUGCAACCACCAGCUGCCACUGA